AUGCUGUCCCCUGCCCCGGCAGCGGAUGGGGUGGAGGCAAACGUGCUCUGCCGCAAGAUUGAAAAACUCGACAGCGAUCUCAAGAGGCGGGAGCUGCACCUCGCGGAGCUCAUUGAUGAGGUGGUGUACGCGGAGGACGGCAAAGAAAAGGCCGUCCGCCGCGCGGAGGCCGCCCGCUACCUCGUCAGCCAGCUGGAGGUCAUGCUUCAGGACCUCCUGGGCUACCUGAAGGUGGUUGAGGGCAACAUCCUCCUGCCGGCCUUCCUGGAGCUCUCGCGCGUUGUGCCACACGAGCCCCUCGCGAGCCGAGAGGUCAUCAGCCAGACGCUCGAAAAGAUCGCAGAGGAAAGCUUGAGCUCGCGAACGAAAAAGCUCAUCGCCGCGGUGCGGGAGCUUCCCUCCGAGACGCGGAAUCGCGCGACACGUGAGGUCUUCAUGCGCACCGUGACCGAGGAGUCUGUCAGCGUCGAGGACGCCAUUGUCCUCAGCGGUCUUCUUUUGGAGAACAAAGACGAGCUCUCAGCGCUGCUGAAUGACUUGAGGGAGCGGGUCCAAUGCCUUCUACGUGGCAACCGCCCCGACCCACUCGUAGACGAGAAAAGCCGCACUGUGGGGGCCAUCAAGAAUGGGUACCCCAACAAGGGGGAGCUCCAGGCGAAGUUGCGCCGCGUGGAGCAGGAGCGGGAUGCUCUGCGGGAGCAGGUGUUAUCGCAAGGCGGCAAUCCUCCGGGCGUCAAUCGCGUCCUUCAAGACGAGAUGGAAGCGAUGGAAAAGCAGUUGUUUGACGCGCGUCAUUGGCUUUCAACGGAGCAGGCCGACUCCAAAAACGUCCGAGGACGUAUGGAGACACUUGAGAAGGACAUGGAGCAGUUGCACCAGGAGAAGGAGAUGCUACAGCGCGAGGUUAAGGAAUUGAGGCGCGAUCAAGUUAGUCGAAGCCGCUCGUACGCGGAGGAGGAAGUGCAGCAGUUGAGGGCGGAGCUGGAUCGGGUUGUGUCCGGGAACGCUGCGGCGCGUGUUGCAGCAGAAUCGCAGAUGGCCGACCUCAGGGCGCGGAACACCAUCCUUCUCACAGAGAAGCAGGAGUACGAGGAGCGUGCCAAGCACAAGGAUCACCAGAUAGCCAGUCUGCAGCUGGCCAAUGACGCGCUUAGGCGCGAGCUGUUUGAGGUGCAGCAGAGAGCGCUAUCAAGCUCUCCGAAUGCCCCUGCGAAUGAGGGCAGUGAGCAGGUACGGCGACUGGAAAACACCGUUGCAAGUUUAACGACGGAGCUGAAUACGUUAGAGCGCCGUUUGGCAGAUGCAUCGGCGCGCCAUCAAGAUGAGCGGAAGCACAUCAUCGCCCAAUUUGAAGAGGAUCGUAGUCGCUACAAGGCGGAGUGUCAAACUCUUGACGCGCUCGUCGAGCGGAUGGCAAACGAGUUGGAGCAGCUUGCCAUGGAGAACAACUCCCUCCGCGCCGCCGCCACACUGCAGCAACUGUGA